UUAACACUAUGAGCUCUGCCCUCUUGCCGCAGCGACCUAAGGCAAAGGACAAAAUCAGGAGGAACGAGUGAUGUUCCAUCUAAUCGUUUGUUGCAGCUCAAACGAAGAUACCGCGUGGUGGCUCGCACCGUCCGCUGUGCUCUAAUUCGGGAAUAGAAGCUAGCAGCUAGCGUUGAAAAACAGACAUCGAAGCGCAGACAGAGGGCCCCGAUUGGCGUUCGAAGUCCUCUCGCCGCCCAUCAUCACCGCCGUCGUCGUUGUGUCCAUUCUACGUGUGUAUUCCUCACCAAGGCGAAGAAACAUCCACGAGAAGACAUACGGGACAGCAGCAAGCGGUUUUGUUUUGCUCCUCUGCCGCAGCCCGGAGGUCUGCUGCUCGGCAGAGUAUGCUAAAUAAUGAGCCAAAGGGACACACUGGUUCAUUUGUUCGCCGGAGGAUGUGGGGGUACAGUGGGGGCCAUUUUGACUUGUCCUCUGGAAGUGGUGAAGACCAGACUCCAGUCCUCCUCAGUCACGCUUUACAUCUCUGAAGUCCAGCUCAGCACCGUAAACGGAGCCAGCGUCGCUCGUGUAGCUCCGCCGGGGCCUCUGCACUGUCUCAAGUUAAUCUUUGAGAGAGAGGGCCUGCGCUCACUCUUCAGGGGAUUGGGACCCAACCUUGUGGGCGUGGCACCUUCGAGGGCAAUCUACUUUGCUGCCUAUUCAACAGCCAAGGAGAAGCUGAAUGGCGUGCUGGAGGCCGACUCAACCCAGGUGCACAUGGUGUCUGCUGGGAUGGCAGGGUUCACUGCCAUUACAGCCACUAACCCCAUAUGGCUGAUAAAAACCCGCAUGCAGUUGGAUUCCAGGAACAGGGGUGAACGCCGCAUGAAUGCUUUCGACUGUGUUCGGCGGGUGUAUCAGAUGGAUGGCUUGCGAGGUUUUUACAAGGGCAUGUCGGCGUCGUACGCGGGCAUCUCUGAGACGGUCAUCCAUUUUGUCAUCUACGAAAGCAUCAAACGUAAGCUCCUGCAGUCGAGGGCCCAAGCCAGCAUGGAGGGCGAGGAGGAGUCUGUCAAAGAUGCCUCUGACUUCAUUGGCAUGAUGCUCGCUGCCGCAACUUCCAAGACCUGUGCCACCACCAUUGCAUACCCCCACGAAGUUAUCCGCACAAGGCUACGAGAAGAGGGAAGCAAGUACCGCUCCUUCUUCCAAACUCUACUGACCGUACCCAGAGAGGAGGGAUACUGGGCGCUAUACCGUGGCCUCACCACGCACCUUGUCAGACAGAUUCCCAACACGGCCAUCAUGAUGUGCACCUACGAAGUGGUGGUGUACCUGUUUGGACAUUAGACCCUGUCGCCCGUUUUUUCCCCGACUCUGUACAGACUGGAAAAUGUAAGCCUUUUGGUGAGAAGAAAAUGAAGACCAAAGCAAAACCCAACAAGCUGAAAUGGACAAGCAGAAUACAAAAAAGUAAUAUGUGAAAUAUGAAAGGAGGAAGGCCUUUGGUACCAUUUCAACCUCUUGACUGCUAGUUCCCGUCCUUAGUUUUUCUGAAGAGAUAGAUUGCUGAACUUUGCCAUGGAUAAGAGAUGAGCUGACGGAAAGAAAGUUGCCUAACAGAAGGAGCCUCUGGGGGGUCGAUGAGGAGCACAAUUCAGUGGCCUUAAGUAUUGUUUCUACAAGGGAUGAGUGAAUCGCUGCUUUUCAUUCCUAUAGAGAACAUUUUGGAAGGGGGAAUGCUUGAAGAUGACUAUUUGGCAGGAAGGGUGAGAAUAACAUAAUAACAGUACAGUGAAGCCUCACAUAUUCAGGGUAUGGAAUUUGCCUAGUCAAAGAUAUUUUUGGAACCUAUCUGACAUUUUUGCUCCAGUCAAAUUACAUAAAACAACUGUUAUUGGUUGUGUCUUUAGAUCCUAUUAUAAUUUGUUCAGCGACCACUCUUGUAACUCAAAACGCAUCUCUAAUCAUCUUUACACAUUUAAAUGAAUUGAAAUACCAUUCAGUUCACCAUUCAUUGUUUCAGCACCCCCAAAUUUUUUUUUCCAAGAAAAUUACCACACUAUAUUACUUGGUAACAACACACAGUAAUGGCAUAUAAAGAAUUACUUUUUGACACGUCUUUUAAUACAAUGGACACUGUCAGUGGUCACUUGGCACUGGUACAAAACAGAUACAGACGGGAGACAGUCAUUGCUCCUCAGUGAGCCUCAGUAUUAUUAGCACUUUGCCGAGGAUAGAAAACAUAUGCCAGAGUAUUGUUAUGGUAUUUCAGUGCAUUGCAUCACCGUUUCUGUUCAAAUACCUGUUGGCUAAUGAUUAGCCUGUCUAUGGCAUUUUGCAUUGUUAACAUUUGAGUUAAGUGGACGUUGCUUAGGCAAGGCCACGUUUUUGAAUACACAGCAUGUAAUUCUCUUUGUUUUGUCUUUAAUUUGACAGUUUACGUUACCUGGAAGUGGCAAUAAAUAAUCUGAAGACUAAUUUUUGAAGAAUUGUUGGAUAUUUGCGAAACCGAUGCUUGUUAUUUAGUGAGUAUAGUUGUUUACUCCCACCAUACAGGGCUAUUAUUAUCUCAAAGUUUUGUUUGCAAGUCAAGAAAACAAUUCGCUGAACGACUGCUGAUGUAUUAAAAUGUUUUUUUUUUUUAGAUAAUUCAUCUCAACGCACCACUGUAUUGGUUUGGCACCAUCUUGGUGCUUUGAAAUAUUUAAAUGAGGUAAGGAUCUUAAAUUAGAUAACAGUAGUUAUUUGCUGCAAUCUUGUGACAUCUAUUGAAAAUGACAGUACAGUAUAAACCUUAUUGGUGCAAAGUCAGUUCCAUCGUGACUUUUGAGCAGGGCUUCACUGUAUUUCUAAUUUGAAAAGAGAACAUUCACAUGCGGACCAUUUUGAGUUUUUUGUGUUGAUAACUGCUUCUCCAAAGUAUUACGUCAGAGAAAUGUCUCAUUUUUUCAGGAAUAUUACCUUUAUCAAGUCCCCAACUCCCAUUAUCUUUAGAUUAUUAGAUUAACCCUGACUUCAAGCAUUCCCCUUGAAGCAAUGGAUCCCCACUGAAAUGCUAAUACUACUUGAACUAACCUAUCACUCAAACACCUUGUAAGGACAAGCUCUGAUUUUUGUGAUUUGUGUGACUGUCAAAAGUACCAAAAUUACGUAUCUUUCAGUGUAAAACUGACUGCAGGUUCGUACCUUACUUAGCCCCCAGAACCUGUAUUUAUAUGUGUAGAUGUAUUUGUGUCGACCACAGUGAAGAUGCAGAUGCGCAUCUACAGCAAUGUGUCUGUAUGUGUAAUGAAUACGUACUAAAGAUUACCCACCCCUGACACUAAUUUUUAAUAUCACAAGACAGUGCAGCUGGGAGUAUGGAAAAGCUCCUGCGUAGAAUGAGCAGGUGCAAUUCCCCACUCCUGUGCCACUUCUUCCUUCCUUUGGCUUCCGUGCCGAGCUGAUAACAUGCACUUUUGUCGCCUCUUAUGAUGGCUUGUGCUUUGCAUUUCAUUGUGUGGACUUUUGAGUUGUGUACAUUGUUUAGAGGGAAAAAAAAAGAAAAAAAUAUAUAUGAAAAUGGUAUUUUGCGCUACUGUUCUUAUAGCAAAUUUAUUGUACAGUGUUGUGUACUCAGUAGAUGUGAAUCUUUCCCUGUGUGUAUAUAAUGACAAUACUGUAUAUGCAUAUCUUUUUUUUUCCCCGUCUGGAUAUGUUGUUUUUUUCCCCCACCAUUUUUGUGCAAUUGAACCUUGUUCUGACAUGACAUUCAUCGUGUUUGCCCCCCCCCCCAAAAAAAAAAUCAGCAAGGAUUAAUAUAUUUCAUGCUGUAGGGCAAUUACUUUCACACUUUUUACUGUGCGCUUGAGUGGAUUUUCUUUUCCGUGACAGUUGUGGGUGUUUCUUAGUCAAGUUAGAAUGUUAUUUGUUUUGUUUACAUAGGAGUACUCGUUUUCAUGUUCGAGUCUCCAUACAAUAUGCUUACUUCGAAGUGUUAAUAUAAUGUGAGUUAAAAAAAAAAGAAGGUAUAAUCCUAUUAUAUUAAAUAUUU